CUUCCCCCCUCCCCAUCUGCCUCCUCCCUCUGAGAAGCGUCGCCCCUAAUGGCCCUGCUCCAGGUUAAAUAUGAGCGCCUGCUGUCGGCACCAUGGAGCGUGACGCUGGCCCCGUCGGCCAACGGGGAACCCAGCGGCACCGGGGCCGACGCCGAUGCCGGGAACAUCAACAGCCCGGUGGCCAUUCGCGCGCGGCUAAACCACCUCCGGCGGCUGGUCCUUCUGGAUGGGCUGCCUCGGUCGGCGCCGCAGUCGCUCCGGUCGCGCCUGUGGACCGUGCUCCUGUGUGACUCGGACCGGCCCUCGGCCGCGGCCUACAGUGCCCUGAUCGCGCGUGGCCCGAGCAGUGUGCACUCGAAAAUUUGCAACGAUGCCUUCCGGACCUUUCGCGGGGAUGCGGACUUCGGCGACCGCGUGCCCGAGGCCUCCUUGGUCCGGGUCCUCAGCGCGUAUGCCCAUACGGUGGCCGACCGGCGCCCCGGCAUGGUCGGUUCCGGGCCGGAUGCCUUCUCGCUGUCCUCCACGUCGCCUUCCUCCUCGGCGUCGGGCUUCUCCUCGCCGGACGAGGGGGCCGGCCGGGGGUUCGGCGGGCCGGCCCGCAGCCACCGGCGCUCGCGGUCCAGCAACAUCCUGCUCCUGCAGUCGGACGCCGAGCCGACCGUCCCCAGCCCGGAGCUCCUGCCGACCGCCCUGCAGGUGGGCUCCCCGCGGCUGACUGCCGCCGGGUCUCCCCGGACGUCCCCCUAUGUGCAGGGCAUGAAUGUCCUCCUGGCGCCGAUCCUCUACAUCACCAUGCCCGGCGAGGUGGAUGCCUUCGGCCUGUAUCGCCUCCUGUGCUCCUACUACAUUCCCAUGUACCUGGUGCCGAGCCUGGACGGCGUGCACAUGGGCUGCCAGAUCAUUGACGAGUGCUUGAGCUUCUUUGAUCCCGAGCUGGCGGCCUUCUUCAACUCCAAAAACAUGCCGGCCUCGCUCUAUUCCUUCCCCUGGGUGCUCACUCUGUCAGGGGCGGCCAAGCCGCUGAGCGAGGUCCUGCGUCUGUGGGACUUCCUCUUUGCCUUUGGGCCACACUUGAACAUCCUGAUCAUUGUGGCCCGGCUCUUGCAGAUCCGCAACGCGCUGCUCAGCUCCCCCAGCCCGAUGCGCGUUUUCCGCAACAUGCCCGAUCUGAAUGCCGGCCAUGCCAUCUCCCUGACUUUGCAGCUGGUCAAGAGCCUGCCGCCCGGUCUCUUUGACCGGCUCAACCGGCACACCUGGGACUCGAGCCUGUACACGGCGGCCGCCGGCUGGACCGGACCGCAGUCGACCCCGGACCACAUGCCCUCCACGCCGCUCGGCAUGGGGACCUCCUCCAACUACAACACAUCCGAGAGUGCCGACGAGUUUUGACCCCGGCAUAUGAGUCCCGAGAAGCCAAUAUGGUGGCCGAGAGGCGCAUAUGGCGCCCUGGGCUCCACCCGCGUCUAUGUACAUGCUUGCACGUGCCCUAUAGAAUCCCAGAUAAUGUAUUUCCUUGUCCCUGCACUUUGGAGGCCGUUGCUUCUUCCCCCUCCUCUUGCUCGGUUUUCGCCGAAGUGCACGCCCGCGCGCCCGGCCAAUUCCUCCCCCUCUACCAUCACUCUUCUUGCUUUCCUUUCCUUUUUUUUCCCCCUGCGAUCAGCCGUCCCCCAGCCUGGGGACGCACCGCCGGCACCGAGUGUGGCUUCACAGCGGCAGCCGCGAACCUUCUGCCGGAGCGUGCAGGCGGAGACACAGGCAAAAGGGGGGGGGGCACCUCCAAAAAUACACACCCAAGCCGUUCGUGCA